CCGGGGGCUGCGGGCCGCGGCGCGGCGGCUGACCGAUGGGGAAGCUAUAGGGAGUUUGUACCAUGGCAACAGAUGAGGAUGGACUGGGACUGUUUGAUAUCCGCUACGGUGCUGAAACUUCCCCCUUCAAGGAAGGUGAUGAGAGCUCAGUGGAUAUUUAUGAUGGCUUGGACAAUGGUUUGACAGUUCCUGACAAUUCUGCUCCAAAUUCUACACCAGCUGGAAACAGCUUGAAUUUAUUUGAUGAGAUAUUAAUUGAAGAAGGGACUGCAAAGGAAGCAUCCUACAAUGAGUUGCAGGCAGAAUAUGGAAAAUGUCAGCAGCAAAUUAAAGAGUUGAUGAAGAAAUUUAAGGAAAUACAGGCACAGAAUGUUAUUCUACAGAAUGAAAACCAAGCUCUCAAAAAGAAUAUUUCAGCACUUAUCAAAACAGCAAGAGUGGAAAUUAACCGUAAGGAUGAAGAAAUCAGUAAUCUCCAUCAAAGGCUAUCGGAAUUUCCCAAUCAUCGAAGUACCUUCACCAGAACAUACCUUCCAGGAUCAACUAAUGGAAGAUGCUCGGAGAUGUGUAAAACAAAGGUUUCCAAAUUCAGACCUUCUGAUUCAGGUGACAGUAUAAAGAUGGAGCAUAGAAUAAAAAAUGACUGUUCAAAAGAUACAUACCACAGUUACUCAUCUCAUAAUACGGACAACGGGAAGUCUAGCUCUGAAAAAAGAAACACUUCAUAUUUACUGAGAUACCCUCCCGAAGAGCUCUGCAACAAUGAUACUUAUACAUGUCUACCGAACUAUGACCAUAGGUCCAACAAGGAUAACAGAAAGGAAAGAAAAGACAUGAAAAUUAAUGAACAAUAUAGUAGGGGACAUGUCAAUAAAUACAAAAGGGAAGUACAUCAGAGUACCGGAAACAAUGGUAACUGUAGCAAUGGUGACAGCGAAGAGGGGAAUUCAGAUCCUCAGCAAAAGCUGAAAACCCUUUCAGAGAAGUCUAGUAAAAAUGAGUCGCAGCAAAAAAGUCAGAGCGUAAAACUCAAAUGCAGUCCAAGUGUAGAAAGAAAAGUAGAAAGGGGUGUUUCUUCUUGGGAGAAACAAACUACUGGUAAAGACAGAUUUCAAACAAGAGGUGAAUUGCAUGCUGAUGAGCGAUCACAAAAUUUAUUAAAAAAAGACAUUAAAACACAUGAUAAAGAUGAAAAAAAUGCUGGCCAAAGGAAUAAACCAAACGAAAAGCUACAAGAGCAACCAAGGAGGUCUGGUAGAGGGAGUAGUCCACACUCAAAGCACGAACAUUCAAAGAGCCUUCAUGAAUCACGUAAAUGUCGUGUGGAAGAGCCUAGAAAAGGAAGAGACAUUGACUGCAAGAGAGACAGGGGAACAAAUGAUCAUAGUUCUCGAGAAGAAAGGACUUCACCUUCUAAUUCCAACAGCAGAGAGCAUAAAUACGCACGCUUGAAGGAAAAUAGUAGUAGAUAUGAAUGGGAAACAGCGCAUUCCAAAUCAGAAAGACACAGAACUGAAGAAAAAAGGAAAAGAGAAAGAGAGAAUCAAGAUGAAAAUAGACAUUUUAGAAAUGAAAGAAAAGUUGCAAAAGAGAUUUCUCACCAAUCUGGAAAAGAAUCCAAGAAAGGUGCAGAUGUUACAAAAAGUGAGAGAAACAAGUCCUAUAAGCUAGAAGAAACCUACAGGGUAGCAGAUAGCAUAAAAGACCAUAAAAUUCCCAAAACUGACCACACUGGGACAAAAAGCAAAGACUUAAAACUUAGCUUUAUGGAAAAGCUAAAUUUAACUCUUUCUCCUGCUAAGAAACAAUGUCUCUCUCCAACAGAUGGACUUAAAACACCUUCCCAAAAGGCCACUGAUGAGGGAAGUACAGAACUCACGCUGCAGGCAGAACUGUUAGAUUGUGCCUACUCUGUUAACUGUGCUCCCACAGAGCAAGCCAAUUCAAUACUACAAGUUCUGGACAGUGCAGCUCAAAGCAGUGUGGAACCAGCACUGCCUGUUUCUGUCAGUUCCGAAAAUGAAGUCUUGAAAAAAGCAGCAGCAGAUCCAACACAGUCUGAAGCAUUGCCAGUAGUGGCAACUGAUGAACUGAGCUCAGAAGUCUUAUCAGAAGCAGAAGUGGGUCAGGUACAGCCCCAAGCCUUGCCAGGAGCACCAGAGGUACUGGUUCCUGAUGAGAUGCAGGCUGAAACAUUGUCAGUGGCAGCAGAGGCUUGUGAGCUGGUUGAAUCGGAAGCCUCAGCAACAGCAGCGGCAGUGAUAGAUCUGAAUCACCCUGAACCUUUGCCCCUGGAGGUGGCAGGGAGUGUGGCACAGUGUGAAAACUUGCCUGUGACAGUGGGUGUGAUGCAGGAUGAUAAUGUACCAGCAGCAGAAGUGACACAAUCUCAACCUGCCAGUGCAAGUAUGGGAGCCCUUCCAGAGUCAGCAGCAGAGCAGAAAGAGGAAGAUAAAAUAUGGCUGGCUGCUGACAUAGAAAGCUCAGCAGACCAACGUGGCUCUCAAAACCUUGUCUUAGAUGACUCGGAAGCCAAAAAUUCUGGUGACCUGGAGUCCUGUGAUGUUGCAGAUGAUACUAGUGAAACAAAACCAGACUCUUUAAUGGAAAUAGUGAAGGACGAUGAUCACUUGGCUACAGAAAAUGUUGAGUGUUCCGCUGAGAAAAACAGUAUCUGCAAAAUUAAUAUGAGUACAUCUCAGUCACCUGACAGAACUAUGUUAACUGAUAAGGAUGAACCAUUAGCUGACCAGAAUGCUUGUGAUCUGGAGCCAGACCUAAUUGAAAUCAGUACUGCAGCAUCUUCUCUUAGUGGUGAGAUGUAUCCUAGAACUAAAGAGAGAGAAACUAACCCAGUUCCUGUUGAUGAUGACAGCUCAAUACUGAGCAUUGAUCUCAAUCACUUGAGGUAUAUUCCAAAGGCAAUCAGCCCACUGAACAGUCCAAUGCGCCCUUUGGCUAAGGCACUUAAGAUGGAAAGUCCCUGCAAAGGUCUUGUGAAGAGUUACAACAAAGAUUUAGUUCCUGAAAGUACGGUGGUUGUUUGUCCCUCAAAGAAUUUGUCAAAGGAGGUAAACAAAGAAAAUCAAAAGCCAGUUAGCAUGUCUGAUGAACACUUAGAGAUGGAGUCCCAGCUGAGUAUCUCUUCAGAUGAAAUAGAAGAAGGAGAAAUCAUAAGUAGUGAUGAAGAUGAAGAAAAAUCUGAACCAGAAAGAUGCUCUGAAAAGACAAAAAAGUCAAGACCAAAAGCUCCUCCUGAGACACGAAAUUUGACCAGCGGUCCACAGAAUCAAAAAAGCAAAACUGUGUGUUGCAAUGAAGAUAAAGGAAAAUUUGUUUCUGUGAAAGUAAGUACAAAGAAGAAUGGAGAGAGGCAUAAAAAUCAGACUUUCAGAUGUUCAAAGGAUAUGAAGAAAAAUAAAACUGUGAGCAUUGCUUGUCUUGAAAAAAUAGUUCAUGUUAUUGUUGAACCUUCAAAUGUACAAGAAAUCAUGCAGAUGCUAAGAGGUAUACGAAAGCAGAUGAGGAAAAAUUAUAUGAAGUUCAAGGUACACUUUCCAGUUCAGCAUUUUCACAGAAUUAUAGAAUCUGGUAUCAUAAAUUUUACAUCAUUAAUAAAAUACUUGAACUUUGCCAAGAUGUCUACAUUAGGUGAGACAUUAAAAUUGAAUAUCUGUGAUAUUAUAGAGUCCAAACUUAAGCAAGUUAAAAAGAAUGCAAUAGUGGACCGUCUUUUUGAACAACAGAUAUCAGAUAUGAAAAAACAGUUAUGGAAAUUUGUAGAUGAACAGCUUGAUUACUUAUUUGAAAAGAUACGGAGAAUUAUAAUAAAACUAUGUGAUGUGGUAAAUGUGGGAAAUGAGAGUGAGGAAGGGAAGUUUGAAAGACCAGGAAGGCAAAAACACAAAAUCAGUCAUAAAAAUGAUGUGCAAAGAUCUAGAAAAAAGACCCUAAAUGCCAGACCUCAAAAGGCUGAAGAAUAUAUCCAUUCGAAGCAAAUUGUGGAUUGUCAACGACCUAAGUGUCACCAUGAGAAAACUAAAACAGAUGCACCAAAAACUGCCUUUACAAAAUGUCUUAACUCCAUUGAUAACACAAGGAAUUCCCAAACCAAAGUGCACCUCUCUAAAGAGAAUAGUUUGCAAGGCACUCUCACUCCAUUGAAGGGUGUAAAAUAUGAAAAGGAAGGAUUCCAGCUGUCCAGAGAUGCUAACAAGUCUGAUCUUAGUUAUGAGCUUCUCACAGAACAACAAGCAUCCAGUCUUACUUUUAAUCUUGUAAGUGAUGCUCAAAUGGGUGAAAUUUUCAAAAGCUUAUUGCAAGGUUCUGACCUCUUGGAAAAAAAUGGUGGCAAUAUUGACAGACAUGAGUGGGAAUUCAGGACACCAGAAAAACAGUUUUUAGACAGUCAUAAAUGCAGAGGUAACACGGCUGGACUGGUGCAUGAGAUUCCUCCAAAGGAGGCUUCUGUGGAAUCUCGACCAGUAGAGGACAUUAACUGGCCUAUUGUUUCACCUGUAAGAGCUCCCUCUUUAACAUCUAGGCUUCAGAUGUCUGUUGAUCCAGACGUACUAGAUGAAAGCUGUAUGUUUGAGGUUCCUACAAAUGCAGCUUCAUGCAAAGAAGAUGAAUGCAGUUUACAGAAGAAUAAAUCAUUUGUUUCUUCUAUCCUCCUUGAAGAUUUGGCUGUUUCCUUAACCAUUCCAUCACCUUUGAAAUCAGAUGCUCACCUCAGCUUCCUAAAACCUGAGAAUAAUUCUAGCUCAACUCCCGAGGGUGUUCUCAGCGCACAUUACAGCGAAGAUGCACUUCUUGAGGAGGAGGAUGCCACUGAACAAGACAUUCAUUUGGCUUUAGAAUCUGAUAACUCAAGCAGUAAAUCAAGUUGUUCUUCAUCAUGGACAAGUCGGCCUGUUGCUCCCGGUUUUCAGUGUCGCCCCAGCCUACCAAUGCAAGCAGUAAUCAUGGAGAAAUCCAAUGAUCAUUUUAUUGUAAAGAUUAGGCGUGCGGUGCCAUCUACCUCACCAGCAUCUGAUCAGACGGCUUCAGUGAAGGAAGCACAGCCAUCCUCAACCAAGAACGGAAAACAAGAAAUGAAAAGUGGUGAAAAAGAAAGGGUCAGUCAGAGUGCCACAGCAGCUGCUGUGCAGGAAACCGUCAGACCAGAUCUGGUUAAAAUGGAUCAGUUGCCUCAUGUCAGCACUGGACAAGAACAAAAUCCUGCCUUAUCUCAGCCUCUAAAGGAGUCGCAUAAUAGUAUUGGAAAGGAAGAAACUACUGGGUUGCUUGGACCCUGUAGAAAAUCUUCAAACACAGAGGGCCAGGACACUGGAAGCCCAGAUGAAGGCUCUGAGCAAUCUCAGAGACACAAAUUGAAAGUAUCUGAAAAUGUAAAUGAAAUGGGUGUUAGAUCUCAGGCUUCUUUUCCUGCUGGAUGCAGUGUAGAGUCAUACAUAGACUUAACAGAUGAUAUUGUUAGUGAAACUUCAUGCCUUGCAGUGGAAUCCACUGCAGAUAACAGGACUCGGGGAACUUCUACAGCUAACUCGGAAAACAGUGAUAAAAAGGAAGAAUUGGAAAAGUGCUCUGAUGCAUUUGUAGACUUAACAGAAGAGCUUUCCAAUGAGGCUGUAGCAGGUGAAUGUGAUCUUGAAACAAAAUCCACUUCAAAUACUGAUGUAGGAUGCCAGAUAAGUAUAGAUGGUAAAACUACUAAAAAAAGGAAAAAGGAGGCUGUCGGAGAGAAUUCCAACUCAAAAAGGCAACGAAAAGAAACUGAAUCAUCAGGUGAAGGGGGCGAUGCAAGUGGUGUGAAACCUGAAGAGGUAAAUUCAGCACCCAAACAAUGUUCUAAUAAGAAGAAUGAGUUGCAGCAGAACAAAGACUCUUCUCCUUUGGCUUCGUCUUCAUCGUCACCUAGUCUGUAUGCCAAAAACAUCAUUAAAAAGAAGGGAGAAGUAGUAGUUUCCUGGACGAGAAAUGAUGACCGAGAAAUUUUACUGGAAUGUCAGAGAAAAGGACCAUCAAGCAAAACCUUUGUUUCCUUAGCCACUAGGCUGAACAAAAGCCCAAAUCAGGUUUCAGAAAGAUUCAAGCAGUUAAUGAAGCUGUUCAAGAAAUCCAAGUGCAAGUAAACUUACCACCAAGUUGCUUCAUGGUUACAGGGUUUAGCUGUUACCAGUAACGAU